AUGACACACGAUUCGGACCUGGAAAGCAGCAACAAAGCCGAGCAGUCAGGCUCGACCUGUACAGGGAAGGACAGUCCCACUAACGGCACCCAAGAGCACAAUGGCAAGCCCGAGCCCGAGUAUGUGACCGGCAUCCGGCUAGGUCUCAUAAUAUUCACUAUCUUCGUGAGCACCAUCCUCGUCUCUCUGGAGAUUGGUAUUAUCGCAACCGCAAUUCCCGGCAUCACCAACGAUUUCCGCCGACUCAACGAUGUGGGCUGGUAUGGAAGCGCGACUUUCGUCCUCGCAGCCGCUGCCUCGCCACUCUGGGGCAAGCUGUUCAAGUAUGUCAAGGUGAAGUGGACUUUUCUCAGCGCGGUCGGGAUCUUUUUGGUGGGCAGUAUUGUAGCCGCUGCAGCUCCGAAUAGCGUGUCAGUCAUCAUUGGUCGUGCUUUUCAAGGUUGGGGAGCCUCUGGUGUCCUCGGAGGCACACUCAUCGUCAUCAACUACGUGGCCCCGCCGAGGAACCAUCCGCUUCUCAUCGGAGCUUGGAUGGCGGUCUUCAUGGUGUCGACCAUUCUUGGACCAGUAAUUGGGGGUGCAUUCACGACUGGAGUUACCUGGCGAUGGUGUUUCUGGAUCAACCUGCCCGUUGGGGUCCCCAUCAUCGUUCUGUUAUUGUUAUUCCUUCGCAUCCCCGAGCAUAUCAAACCUGUUCCCGCCACGUGGAGGGAGAUCAUUCUCACCCUUGAUCUCCCGGGCUUCUGCUUGAUCCUCGUCUCUCUCGUAUGCUUGACGUUGGCCCUGCAAUGGGGGGGGCAGACCAAAGCAUGGAAUCAUGGCUCUGUAAUCGCUACCUUGGUCGUUUGGAUUGUCCUCACCAUUGGUUUCUUCGUGACCGAAUGGCGACAGGGCCCACGUGCCAUGGCCCCCUUUUGCAUUUUGAAACGGCGCACAAUAUGGAGUAAUGCCCUAUUCUGUUUCGUCUCCUACGGCGCCCUCUACCAAGUCAUGUUCUACCUCCCAAUCUACUUCCAGUCCAUCCACGGGCAAUCCGCCGUCAAGAGCGGUGUCAACACCCUCCCUUUCCUCGCCUUUUUUGCCUUAGGAGCCGUGGUCAGCGGUGGUGUCAUUGGAAAGACCCGCUACACACAACCCUUCGAACUCCUCGGUGCCCUCAUCAUGACUGCUGGUAUGGCCCUGAUCUACAUCCUGGAUAUCGACUCCUCCCAAGCCAUAUACAUUGGUGCCGAGGUGCUCUUUGGUUUUGGCGUGGGUAUCUGCAAUCAGGUCCCCAUGACGGCUGUGCAGGGUUUCUCCGCGCUGGAAGAGGUCUCCAGUGCUACUGGAAUCAUGGUUAUGUGCCAAACCCUCAGCGGCGCCUACUUUGUCGCCAUCGCGCAAUCCCUCUUCGCCAACCGGAUGCUGCAGACCGUCCUCACCAGUGCAGCCCACCUCGAUUCUGCCCUGGUUCUGGGCACCGGCGCCUCGGAACUCCAGAAGGUGUUCAGCGGGGACGAUCUGACGGCGGUGAUCGCCGCAUAUAUGGUGGGCAUUAAGGACGUAUUUGCGUUUUCGCUGGCGUGUGCGGCGUUUUCGGUCCUCUUGACGCCGAUUAUUCCGUUGAAGAAGCUGCCGGACCAUGGGAAGAAGCGGGAAACAGAGGCUGCAGAGGAGAAUAAGACGGAUCUAGUCGAUGGGAAACAUCAAGUGAUUGGUUAG